UGUCCUUCGGGCCAGCCCCAUUCCUUUACAGAUUUAGGCAAACCCAAGAUGGGUGACGGAAGUAGUGACAUUUGUGAGGGCUACCCAAUCUGGACUACUUUAGGAGAGGUAAGCCUUGAGGGGAGGUUUUGGAUGUCUAGGUUUAUCCUGGUGGGGGUGUCCAAUAAGCAAUAAGAUACACAUGUCUCAGGCUCCACCCCCGGCUCUAGACUGCCACACCCCCAAAGCUUGCUUUAUGCCCGCAAGGUUCAGUUGACCUCAUCCCGCCUCCUUUGGCUUCAGAAGAAAUGCUGAACUGGCGAUUGGCUUUCCUUUGGCCAAUGCUGCCGCCUGAUGGGCUGGCCUCGCCUUCGCCCCACCCCCUAGCUCUGUUUCCAGCUUCCGGGAUGCCUGCUCGAUGAUUGGCUGAAGCGGUAGGCAGCUAGGCGCGGAUUGGCUGCUCUCAGCGGCGGCCUGACCAACUGAGCAGAGGCGAGCUGUUGGGCUGAGAUGGCGGCGGUCGAAGGAGCUACGGGCGACGGCGAGGUGUGGCAGACCUGGCUUCCUAAUCACGCCGUGUUCUUGCGGCUCCGGGAGGGACUGAAAAACCAGAGCCCAGCCGAAGUGGAGAAGCCGGCUUCUUCAUCAUUGUCCUCGUCGCCGCCAUUGCUGACAAGAAACCUGGUCUUAGGCCUCGGCGGAGAGCUCUUCCUGUGGGACGGAGAAGGCAGCUGUUUCUUAGUCGUUCGCCUUCGGAGCCUCAGCGGCGCGGGCGAGGAGCCCUCCCUUUCUCAGUACCAGAGAUUGCUUUGCAUAAAUCCACCUCUGUUUGAAAUCUAUCAAGUCUUGUUAAGUCCAACACAACAGCAUGUAGCGCUUAUAGGAAUAAAAGGACUUAUGAUAUUAGAAUUACCCAAAAGAUGGGGGAAGAAUUCUGAAUUUGAAGGUGGAAAAUCAACAGUGAAUUGUAGUACCACUCCAAUUGCUGAGAGAUUUUUCACCAGUUCUACCUCCCUGACUCUAAAGCAUGCUGCCUGGUAUCCGAGUGAAAUGAUGGAUCCCCACAUAGUGCUGCUCACAUCAGACAAUGUAAUAAGAAUUUACUCUCUACGUGAGCCCCAGACACCCACUAAGGUCAUUGUACUUUCAGAAGCAGAAGAGGAAAGUCUAAUACUCAACAAAGGAAGGGCCUACACCGCAUCUCUAGGAGAGACAGCAGUUGCAUUUGACUUUGGGCCAUUGUCAGCAGUGCCGAAGAACGUAUUUGGCCAAAAAGGCAAAGAUGAAGUAGUGGCAUACCCCCUAUACAUCUUACGUGAGAACGGGGAGACUUUCCUUAUGUAUGUGAGUCUGGUGCACAGCCCUGGGAGUGUGGGGAAGCUGUUAGGCCCAUUGCCAAUGCAUCCUGCAGCUGAAGAUAACUAUGGUUAUGAUGCUUGUGCCAUACUCUGCUUGCCAUGUGUCCCCAACAUCUUGGUGAUCGCUACUGAAUCGGGAAUGCUGUAUCACUGCGUUGUGCUGGAAGGGGAAGAAGAAGAUGACCAAACCUCAGAAAAGUCCUGGGAUUCCAAGGCAGACCUCAUUCCUUCUCUAUAUGUGUUCGAGUGUGUGGAGCUGGAGCUCGCCCUGAAACUGGCAUCCGGAGAGGAUGACCCCUUUGAUUCCGACUUUUCUUGUCCAAUCAAACUUCACAGAGAUCCCAAGUGUCCCUCAAGAUAUCACUGUACUCAUGAAGCUGGUGUACAUAGUGUUGGGCUAACCUGGAUUCAUAAACUUCACAAAUUUCUUGGAUCAGAUGAAGAAGAUAAGGACAGCUUGCAGGAACUAGCUACCGAACAGAAGUGCUUUGUAGAGCAUAUCCUCUGUACGAAGCCAUUGCCAUGCAGGGAGCCAGCUCCGAUUCGAGGAUUCUGGAUUGUUCCCGACAUUCUGGGGCCGACGAUGAUCUGCAUCACCAGUAACUACGAGUGCCUCACAAGGCCCCUGCUAAGCACAGUCCAUUCAGCGUCUCCUCCCCUGCUUUGUACCCGAGAUGAUGUGGAGGUUGCAGAGUCUCCCCUCCGCAUUCUGGCUGAAACCCCGGAUUCUUUUGAAAAACAUAUUAGAAGCAUUUUGCAACGUAGUGUUGCAAAUCCAGCAUUUCUGAAAUCGUCUGAGAAAGAUACGGCUCCUCCUCCUGAAGAAUGUCUUCAGCUCAUCAGCAGAGCCACCCAGGUGUUCAGGGAACAGUACAUUCUUAAGCAGGACCUGGCGAAGGAGGAGAUUCAGCGGAGGGUCAAACUGUUAUGUGACCAAAAAAGGAAACAACUCGAAGAUCUCAGUUAUUGUCGAGAGGAGAGGAAAAGUCUACGGGAAAUGGCUGAGCGCUUAGCUGACAAAUACGAGGAAGCCAAAGAGAAACAAGAAGAUAUCAUGAACAGGAUGAAGAAAGUACUUCACAGUUUUCACUCUCAGCUCCCAGUUCUCUCUGACAGUGAGAGAGACAUGAAGAAAGAAUUACAGCUGAUACCUGAUCAACUUCGGCAUUUGGGCAAUGCCAUCCGACAGGUUACCAUGAAAAAAGACUAUCAACAACGAAAGAUGGAAAAGGUACUAAGUCCUCAAAAGCCCACCAUCACUCUCAGUGCCUACCAGCGGAAGUGCAUCCAGUCCAUCCUAAAGGAGGAGGGUGAGCACAUAAGAGAAAUGGUGAAGCAAAUCAACGACAUCCGAAAUCAUGUAAACUUCUGAUGCCACCAGGAACAGGUUCAUCCCUGCAGUUAACACAAGUGAAGGCUUAAACUCAGUGUAAGAUGAAAAGCAGCAUUAUCUAAUUUAUAAAGACACAUUUUGGAUGAGCUUUGGUGUGGGUGUUCAUCACUUUUUAUACUCAUUUUAUAAUUAUUGAAUAAAUGCUUUUAUUUAAAAAUUGGAAUGUGAUUUAUGCAUGGUCAGGUCUAGGACUGUAUUCAGCAAGGGCCUAGUAGUAGGAGGGGAAGAAGGCCUGAGACUUUCAGCUGCACACUGCCAGCCCUCCGUGAACCCUCCUGAGUUUUCUCCACAUUGGAGCAAGAAUAAAAACUGCACUCAUUUUUAAGUAGCAGCACCAGAAAUUUUACUAAUAUGACUCUGUCCUAGGGACAAAGCCACAGGAUUCAAAGGAAAAGGCCACACAGUACACUAGAGGCAGCAGCUUUUUUAAUUUGAACACUUUCUUAAGGACACGCCUUCAGUACAGUUAACAAAUGGUUAUACCUGAAAUCUGCUCAGAGCAGCACUCAGGAUCCACAGUUGCAAGGCCACUGCUGGCUCACUUCCUCGACAGGCAGUAUUACCUUUCAGAGCUGAGUCUGAAACCUUAAGCCAGCGCUGUGUCCCAGUAUACGCCAUGGAGGGUACGAGGUGCACGUGGAGGCCCUCAAAGGGAGGAACUAAUAGCCUGGUGUACGGUGGAUGGUUCUGUCCUUCAGCUGUAGGUCAUGUUUCUGUACCUGUCACUGAGUUCUGAAAGGUAAUACCGUAUCUGCCUAGAAAUGGCUUGAGCGACUGCCAAUUAAAAGCCACAUGGAAGCAAGGUAGGUUACAGGUAAGAGGUCAAUCAGGUUAGACAUGCGCAAGAACACGUGUACACAGACGGAAUACAAGCACAGGAGCACUCGUGAGACCCAGCUCAUCUUUUUUCUUGAAGGGCUAAACCCUGCCUUCUAAAUACGUUUCCCGCUGAUACAGAAAAUCCAGUUUAGAGAAGUGUUUCAUACAAAAGAAAUGGAUUGUUAACAAAACCUAGAGUCUCAGUUUGGGUUUUUCUAGGAUAUUUUUCCAACAGUGGCAUCUGCCACUGUAGAGACUGCUGACAGUUCCGUAAUUGUGAUUUAAUUGAUCUGCUACCAUCUCAUGGAGAAAAUCAUCAGCACGGAGCUCAGUCUCCACCAGGCAGUUCCCUGGAAGCUGUAGUUCAGUUCAUUCAGGAAAAUUAUGACUUAUCCAUCUGGAUUUACAGUGCCAGAUUUUUUUCUUUUUUGGCUAUGCCUGUGGCAUGUGGAAGUUCC